AUGACCCUUCGACCCAUAUCCUCCGGUGUCCCAUUCCCACCACCAAGCAAACUCAACCACCGUUCGAGGAUCUGCCAGCUCACCCCAAACUUUACGCACAACUCGUCGGCAUGGUGCGUCCCGUCCAAGAGUGCUUCCAAUUCAGGCGGAAUGACUUCGUGGUUUGGAGACGGAGGAGGAGGGUGGUACACGACUGUGCUUAUACUAUCUGACCGGUCCGGUCUUGCGCGAGCUAUCUGGCUCUGUUGUGUCGGUGUGGUUCGGGGUGCGCGAGGAGCAAGAGGGCUCGUACUCAAUGCAGUUGUCGCACCAGAAUUAGUGGUUGUAGUUGAUUCAGUUACUCCGGAUGCAGCUGCUACGCUUCUCAAUAGUGCACUAGCCGAUGGUCGGGUAGUGGGUGGACUGAGAGAAGCACUGAGGGUACCCAUGCUGGCGCUUAGCAUCCCACCACUGCCCCCUGAUCCUGCUCGAAUUGUCCCAACGCUUGCACCCUCGUCUCCGUGGGAGUUAUGA